AUGUUAAGUGUUUGUGAUUGUGUGCAUGCAUCUAUGUUGGACGCAAUGCGUUGAACGUAUCAAAUUUUCAAUCACCCACACUUUGUACUGCAAUGUGAAAACUAAUGAGUAAUCCCCAAAGGAUCUGUGGCUCUGUGGCUGGCCAAAAAAUCUACCACAGCACAAAGGACCCGCCACUCUUUUUCGUCAUGAUGAGGUUCAACGUGAAAGUGGCUCUGCUCUUCACACUCACCAUCGGCUUUUUCUCGAUCCUGCUGCUGUAUUCGUACUGCGGCGACUCCAUGUCCUACCGCGGUUCGGGCAAGUAUGCGGGCGCGAACGGCGCACCGGACGCACUCGGUGCCGAGGAGAUCGACUGCGACAUCAACGGCGAAUACAUAAUCGGAUGUCGUAAGGAGGGUGGCGAAGUGUAUUUGCCGUUUUCCUUCUUACACAAGUACUUUGAGGUCUACGGCAAACUGGCGACUUACGACGGACUCGAAAGGUUUGAGUGGUCCCAUAGCUACAGCAAGGUCUACCACCCAAAACAGGAAUACGAUCCGAAGGGCGUGUUCAUGUACUUCGAGAAUUACAACGUCGAGGUACGCGAACGAGUCAAAUGCAUCAGCGCCAUAGAGGGGGUGCCCGUUUCCACGCAGUGGGACAGCACCGGUUACUACUAUCCAACGCAGAUCGCCCAGUUUGGGCUGUCGCACUACAGCAAAAACCUAACCGAACCAGAACCCAGAAGGAAGACCAUAGAGGAUGCGGAAAGGGAGCUGGCCAAGUGGGUGGUACCACAGACGGGUUCCGUUGAAAGGAGCCUGGAUAAGGAAGUGGGCAGUAGAGUUUUGAAGUUUAGGACCAGCGAAAACUAUGGGGAAGGCGUGAAGCUGAAGAUGGAUCACGUGCUGGACUUUGUCAUGUGUCUGAAUAUCAAGUUGAAUGAGAACAGCAGCUUCAGCGUGACUCUGCAAAACAGGGAGACGCAGGAGAUCUACAAUUUGCAUUAUAUCACGUCCGAAAUUUUAAUAACUCUUCAGGAUAAUAAUGUGUAUCAUGGAAUUGGUACGUCUGAAACAUGGAAGAAAUUAACCAGGGACUUGAUCGUGGACUUGCAAAAAGGACUGAACUACCUCGACAAGGAUAAAUCGAAACACAAGAUUCCCAGAUCUAAGCUGAAAAUCAUUAAUAUUACCCUGCGGGGCGGGGGUUCCCUUGACAAUCUGACAUUGUCGUCGUCUGAGCACAUCCAGCAGUUUUACGAUGCUGCAGAAUGGUUCGUAAGGAACCAAAACCAAAAGACUGGUGGCUGGGAAAUACCAGUCAAAAGAAAACUAGCUAUAGGUUUCCACGAUUUACAACCGGGUUGGUACUCUUCAAUGGGACAGGGCCAUGCAAUAUCUCUUUUAGCUCGGGCGUACCAUCACUCGGGCGGCGACAGACGAUAUUUGAACGCGGCCCUAGAUGGCCUCAAACCUUUUCGUGUACCGAGCAGUAAAGGGGGCGUCAGGGCAACAUUUUUAAACAAAUACCACUGGUACGAGGAGUACCCGACUAAGCCCGCUUCCUUCGUGCUCAAUGGCUUCAUCUACUCAUUGCUGGGGCUGUACGACUUGAAGGUGAUCGCGCCACCAGGUGAGUCCGAGGAAGCGGAGCAAUUGUACAACGACGGCAUGGACUCGCUGAAGAAUAUGCUGUUGCUGUUCGACAUGGGCAGCGUUACUUCGUACGACCUGAGGCACUUCACCAUCCGUACGGCCCCGAACUUAGCACGGUGGGACUACCACGCAACCCACAUCAACCAGUUACUGUUGUUGCACACAAUCGACGGUUCGCCCCUUUUCUCCCACACGGCCGAACGGUGGAUCAGAUACAUGAACGGUAAACGAUCCGCCCAUAAUUAAUGACGAGGCGAAACCACAAUUUGUAUUUGUAAAACAACGUUUCGUAUAUUUUAUUUAAAACUGUUGAGUCAUUGGAACCGCCAAUUUAUUGUAUACCCAAGCGGUUCCUAAAAUUCACCACAUUCAAAUUUAGGUUUGUGGAACUGCUCUCAACCAGAAUUCUCAUUUUUUUUUGUACUAGAAACUGUACAGCUUCAAAAUGAUAAUGCUCGAACUAUAGAAUCCUAUCUAUGAAUGUUUUAUCUGUGAUAAUUUUGAAUAUCAAGCGUUGUGAUUCGUAGCUUCUUGUCUGUUAUUUUUUUUUCUAUGAUUUGAAUUUUUAAUGUUUUUGUAAAUUCAUCAACUAGAGGUGUAAAUACGUGAAACUAAAUUAUUAUUUUGAAGCAUUUUUUAGGGUUACGUUACAUGACGACCAAAAUUAAAUUAAAAAGACAAAUUACAAUAUUGCUUUUGUUUUUCGCAAUUUGUUACUCACUGGACUGGACCAAGUCAUUUCAAUUUCUUAAAGAACGUGAGAUUGUACAGAAGUUGUAAAAAAAUUGUAAUUUUUUGUAUAUAAGUGUACAUUUUUGUUAUAAAUUACGGUUUUAAUGUAAUCAAUAUUGUUGUCGAAAACGGCCAAUUUUAUUAGGUACCGGAUGAAGAUCGCAUUUUUUAGUUUUUAGCGAUUUUCACGGUGCAUUUGUAUUUGUUGAGAAUAUAGAUUUUAAAAUUUGACAAUGUUAAAUGCAUUUGAUGAACCAUGCCUACAUUUCGGGCGACAAUAAUAUGAUUUAUUUGAUUGUUUCUUGAUUUGUUGUUAAAGUUAAUUUAGAACUUGAUGGCAAUGAUGAAUUUCUAAUAUAUAUAUACAUAUAUAAAAUAUCAUUUUGAAAGACUUAAAAAAUAUUAGAGAAGUCAAUUAUAGGAUUUGUAGCUUAUACUAAUCUUGUGUAUAAAUUGUAUUUUACAGAAAGACCCUAAUAGGAAAAUAGCAAGUGUAACUGCGAUAGUGUAAAUAUGUAUCAUGUUAGAUUCAUAUUGUUAGAUUGAAUGAUGGAUAGUUAAAUUUAGUAGAUAAGUAUGUGCUGUAGGUUUUUAAACAGCUGAACAUUCCGAUUAACUUCAUAAAACAAUUCUCGGCGAUCUGAAAUAGUAAAUGUUCUUAAUUGUUUAAAAACCCACACCACUCAAACCUGUGCAAUCUAAUCUAUAUAAAGAGCUUACUAGUAUGCCUCCUACUUACGGCAGUACCUUAAAUAUUCUACUUCCAUGUUAUUAAAACCUGAAUUGUGUUCCUUCAUUGAUUGUGUUCAGUUUUAAAUUUGACUCUGAUUUUUAUUUACUUUAUAAGUUUUAUUAAAAUUACUAAUAAAUUAACACAUUGGCACAAUUGUGCUUUAGAAUGGAGUAAUAAUAAACAGAUAUCAUAAUGACAUAUCCAAAUUUAUCAAAAAUGUUUAGGAUAUAAUUUGUACUUACAAUAGAUUUAAACAUUCCAUAUAAACUAGUUUUUAAUAAGAUUUUGUGCCAAAAUUAUUUUGAAUUCUGUUUUUGUUUGAAUGUAUGAGUUUGUGUGAAAGUUUAUAUGGAAUUAGUACAGUCAAUCAACUUUGUACUUAUACUAAUGAAGCUUAUACAAUUUUAUUCUAGGAACUUUUUUAUACACUUUGAGAAAAUAAAAUAAUUUAUAUAAGGAGCGUCUUUGGACAAAUCAUUAAUUGAUAUUAUGUUUAUUAUAAUUUUUCUUUUGAAAAUUGUACUUAAAUUUGUCUAUACACUUGUCAAAAAUUUUUUAAGGUUCUGGUAAAUUUAGAAAAAUUCUAUUUAAUAUUUUGGCACUGUAAUUGGAUCAAAAAUACGUGACUGUGACAAUAAUCGUAGGAAAUAUAUAUUAUACACAAACAAAUUUUGUUUUAUUCUCUCUUUUACAUGCCUGACAGAUAGUUUGUCAAAAUUUCCGUUAUAGAAAAAUGUCAGACGAAUGUAGUCCCAUCGCCAAAUGGGUAAGAAGAUCCAAAAAUUCUGUAAUAUCCUUCUGGGAUAACUGUAAAAGAUAUCUACACAUUAAUCGAAAUUCUCCCACUACUAAUGCAUCCUGCGACACUAGUAACUUAGAGCAAAAACGGACCCACUGUGUUGCUUUCAAUUCUCCGAGACCUAUUAAAAAAGUUGUCGUCGGUGAAUUUUCGGAAAAACAUGCGUCUAUCGAUAGAACAUUUCGCAUCAAGAGAAAACAAACAGUUGUGGUAACUGCUCGUGAACAUAAAUAAUUGAACCACUAAGAUCAAAAGAAAAAAUGAGUACGGGAGUAAAAUAUGUAGUGACCUUAAAAGAAUAAAACCAUUAUUCAUUAACUGUUGUGUAAUAUAUAAUAAAUAAAAUUUAUCAACAAUC